GACCACCUGUUUUAUUUUUUCUCUUAGUUCCUGCUUGCUUUCCUUCAGCCCAAGUGUUCUUCGGCGCGUAUAUAAGGGCUUGGCCAGUCUCCUCAGCCAACAGAACUCUCGCUUUCAAUCCUGAAGGAGGAACAGACCCGCCCGCUCCUGUCUGUCUGUGUAUUGUGUCCGCUUUUUUUGCUCCUGUGUUUGUUUUAAGUGCUCGUUGUUGCCAAAAUGAUGGAUAAGGCUGUGAGAAUUGUGUUCGUUGCAAUGUUGGCCAUAAGCCUGACUCAAGCAAGGAACUACAACAAUGGAAAUGGCAAUGGCAAUGGAAACGGCAACGGAAACAAUGGUAAUGGAGGCUUUAAUGGUAACGGCGGGUUCAAUGGCAACGGCGGGUCCAAUGGCAACGGCGGGUCCAAUGGCAACGGCGGGUUCAAUGGCAACGGCGGAUCCAAAGGCAACGGCGGGUUCAAUGGAAAUGGAGGUUUCAAAGGCAACGGCGGGUUCAAUGGAAAUGGAGGUUUCAAUGGCAACGGCGUAUUCAAUGGCAAUGGUUACUCCCUCGCCGAUGCCAUUGGCGGUGGAGGCGUCCCAGGUGUGGACUACCCCAUUCUGGCCUUCGUCCCCAACACCGGCUUCUCCUGCAACGGCCAACUGCCUGGAUAUUACGCUGAUACUGCACAACAAGCCGGAUGCCAGGUGUUCCACAUCUGUCAGGCAGGAGGCAGAAUCAACUCGUUCCUUUGUCCCAAUGGAACAAUCUUCAACCAGCAGUACUUCGUGUGCGAUUGGUGGUACAACUUCGACUGUUCCACGGCUGAACAGUUCUAUGGUCUAAACGCUCAAAUCGGAGUCAGCAACGGUCAUCACAAUGGAAAGAAUGGCAACGGAAACGGAAAUGGUUUCAAUGGAAAUGGAAAUGGCUUCAAUGGCAACGGCUUUAAUGGAAAUGGUAAUGGCUUCAAUGGCAAUGGCAAUGGUUUUAACGGAAAUGGCAAUGGUUUUAAUGGAAAUGGUAAUGGUAACGGCUUUAAUGGAAAUGGCUUUAACGGAAAGCGUUAUAAUAAUGGUAAUGGCAACGGCAAUGGAAAUGGUAAUGUAAAUGGCAAUGGAAAUGGAAACGGGAAUGGCAAUGGCAAUGGAAAUGGAAACGGAUAUGGCAGUCGUAUCAAUGGCAAUGGCAGAAGAUAUGGCCGGUGAGAAUUGGUAGCCCUUCACCAUUCAUGAUGUCUAGAUAUAUCUAUAAAAAAAAAAAAUGCAUUGUUUAUAAUACCAUGAAUUAACUUUACUUCGUUCAAGGUUUGUUACAUUGUUUAUAAAAAAAGAUUUACUAAAACGGGCUCCUAGUCAUAAUAAACUCGUUUUAUGUUCCUUGGUAAAGUUAGCAUUUGUUUUUCACUGUCAUCUGUUAUCCUCAUAAUCCAAGAGUUGUUUGUUUGUUAAGUCUGUGUAUUCAUCCAGACAUCUAUUUUGAAAACUAGUUACUUAGACAUCAUUCAUCUAGACAUCAUUUUAAAUUUAGUUACUCGUAUUCUUCGUUCAAGACCGUGAUGUAAACCUUCUUUUCAAAUUUCCUUUUUUUAGUCUUCAUCUACGUUUUCUUUCUGGAAUUGCUUAUAACUUUGCAAUAAGUGUCCUUCGAAUGCCACCUGUUGUUCAUUCUGUCUUCAAGUAUAUGAUGCUAGAUUUUCCCAACACUGACCUAAUCGUGUGGAACUGCCGUGCGCAUAUCGGUUGUCGCUUGUUUUUCAAUCCCUUCAAUUUCUAAUCAGAUACUUUGUCAUGCACUCCUACAGCUCUCUUUUUUCUUCUUUUUUUCUUUUUCUUCUUCUUUUUUCCGUUCCCUUUGUGUGAUAUUUUCUAAGAUGCGAAUAUGAUUUUAAUUGCCAUUGUUUUCUUGAAAAUAUACUGCAGUAUGGCAGCUGAUAACUGUGCUUAAAAUCUGUACUGCGUGAGGAUUGUUGAAUAAGUGAUUGGUCUGCAUUCUGAGCUUGUGACAAUAGUAUUAAUAAAGAGUCCUUACA